AUUUCCGGUAAUGUUAGCGUGUCUGGACCAAUGAUGUGUGUCUCGACUCCAUUAGGGGGUUGCAGCUGUUUUGAGAGAAACAACAACAAAAACGGAGCGACUGAGGGGACUAGUUACCACAGUGCGUUCUCAGCCGGUUACGAGGGCUGAAUCCUGGGAGCUAAGACCUCCUUUCCCACCCGGGGCUUCGCCGGCUUCUAAUCACGGCCGCUCUCGGUGAGGAAACUCUGGCCUCCGCUUCCUUCUCCUCCGGCUCGGACACCGACGGAGCGUCGCCGCCCCCGCGGAAGAAACACCGAGCCUCGGCGGCGGAGGGAGCAGGAGAGCCCGGGGCUUCAACAGUUGCGACAGGCCUUUCUGGAGUUGUUUUGGGAUUUACUACUACUUCUCCGAAUCACCAAGCCACCUCUGCUAUUCACUUAAACAUAACCCCUGUCAACAAUCUUAGCGGCAAUAACAUGCAAUCAAACGGGGAAGGACAAGGACAGGAUUCGGAGCUUUCCUGCCUGAACAGCGCACAAAACGGGGAGUCAUCCUCGGCUGUGGGAACGCACUCCAAUGGGGUUCUAACCAGCACAAACAAUGGGAAUAGUGUUGGAGCCGGACUGGGGUCUGGGACCUGUGUCGCCUCCACAUCCUCGGGGUCGGAGGUUGGCUCCAUGAAAAAGAAGAAACGACUUUCGCAGUCUGAGGAAGAUGUCAUUCGAUUAAUAGGACAACAUCUCGACGGGUUAGGGCUAAAUCAAACAGUGGACCUGCUGAUGCAGGAGUCGGGCUGCAGACUGGAACAUACCUCAGCCACGAAGUUCCGCAACCACGUCAUGGAGGGGGAGUGGGACAAGGCUGAGAAUGAUCUCAACGAGCUGAGAGCACUGAUGCAUUCUCCGAACGCUAUUGUGCGUAUGAAGUUCCUGCUCCUGCAGCAGAAAUAUCUGGAGUACCUGGAGGACGGGAAGGUUCUCGAGGCGUUGCAGGUGCUCAGGGGAGAGCUCACACCGCUCAAGUAUAACACAGACCGCAUCCAUGUUCUCAGCGGGUAUCUGAUGUGUAGCCAUGCAGAGGACCUGCGCGCCAAGACUGAGUGGGAGGGCAAAGGCACAAAUUCCCGCUGCCGACUACUGGACAAGCUACAGACAUACUUGCCCCCGUCGGUGAUGCUGCCGCCACGCCGGCUGCAGACCCUGCUGAGACAGGCUGUGGAGCUGCAGAGGGACCGCUGCCUCUACCAUAAUACCAAACUGGACAGCAGCUUGGACUCUGUCACCUUGCUCCUGGACCACGUCUGCAGCCGGUCAGCAACGCACUCAGGGAAGCAGUUUCCGUGCUACACACAGCAGAUCCUCACAGAGCAUUGUAACGAGGUGUGGUUCUGUAAAUUCUCCAACGACGGCACGAAACUGGCCACCGGCUCCAAAGACACUACCGUCAUCAUCUGGCAGGUGGACCCUGAGAGCCACCAGUUGAAGCUGCUGCGGACCCUAGAGGGCCAUGCCUACGGUGUGUCCUACCUAGCCUGGAGCCCAGAUGACACCUACCUGAUCGCCUGCGGGCCUGAUGACUGCUCUGAACUCUGGCUCUGGAAUGUCCCGACGGGAGAGUUGCGGACCAAGAUGAGCCAGUCCCACGAGGACAGUCUGACCAGUGUGGCUUGGAACCCUGAUGGGAAACGGUUCGUCACCGGGGGACAGAGGGGACAAUUCUACCAGUGUGACCUGGACGGUAACCUGUUGGACUCAUGGGAGGGCGUACGUGUGCAGUGCCUCUGGUGUGUGGGGGACGGCAGGACAGUGCUAGCGUCUGACACACACCAGCGGAUCCGGGGUUACAACUUUGAGGACCUAACGGACAGAAACAUAGUUCAGGAGGACCAUCCUAUCAUGUCUUUCACUGUUUCCAAGAACGGAAGAUUAGCUUUGCUAAAUGUAGCAACUCAGGGAGUGCAUCUUUGGGAUCUGCAGGACCGGGUGUUGGUUCGGAAGUACCAGGGUGUGACCCAGGGCUUCUACACCAUCCACUCCUGCUUCGGAGGACAUAAUGAAGACUUCAUCGCCAGCGGCAGCGAAGACCAUAAGGUGUAUAUCUGGCACCGCCGCAGUGAGCUGCCCAUCGCUGAGCUGACAGGGCACACUCGCACAGUCAACUGCGUAAGCUGGAACCCCAUCAUCCCGGGCCUCAUGGCCUCCGCCUCGGACGACGGCACUGUGCGUGUCUGGGGCCCCGCACCCUUCCUCGACACACAGGAGGUGGAUGGGCUCAACGAGAACUGCAGCAACAUGGACAGUUGAUGGUGACUUUGGAAUGGAAGACUUUUUUUUCUCUUUUACCAACCGACAAAUAAACAUCAAAACGAAUCCUAGACCUAACAAAACAGAAAUAAAAGUAAAUCAGUUGUGUCUCAUGACCUGGCAAAACUGUGGAGGUGAGGAUGAACACACUCUUAGAAAACCAGGUCUUCAUCCAGAACCAGUGACCCAGAAAAUCUGAUCCACUGGUACUCCCUGUGGCUUCCUCCUCCUCCACCCCUCUCCCAAACAAGGCCACAGCCAGACCAGGGGCUCUCCCCUGAAUCUUCCCCUGGACGCCCACCUCCUGCCUGGCUCACAGGCACGGUGUCCCGCACCUGAUCUCUCCAGACAGCCAUUACAGACCAGCCGCACUAAUUGGACCGCGUCUGUCGCUCUAUCAUGUGUCUGUGGGAAGGGGGGGGGGGGAUAUUGCAACUCUUCCUUCUGACUAGCUCUUUUCUUUGCACUUGAGUUGUUGGAUGAAGGCUGAAAAUAUGCACAAAACCAACCAACCGGCAAAGUAAAACGCUAUGCUUAUUUUGAUUUUCUUUUUUUAACGAUAGUAAGCAUUUAACAGGUGAAUCCUAGGUUUGAACUAGGAGUAGUGGCUGUAGAGUGCUUCAGUGUGAACAAUACGCUCUCAAUUAGGAAAAGCUAUUUUUAUCCCUUGUUUAAAGUCUAACACGAACAAACUCGCUACAAAGUCUCACCCUCUGACUCCCCCAUCUCCCCCCUCCCACUUCGGCUGUUAACAGCACAGCACAUAGUUCCACAAGAUCUACCUGUGGGGAGGGGGGGGAAAGGUGAACUGUCAAAGGUGAGGGGUCAGUGGUAGCUGGUCUCAUGUGAAGCAACCCUUGUGUUGAGUAUCUCUCUAAGAAGGACAUACUGUUGGUUGUAGAGGUCUGUACAUGCAACUUUUGCGGUACACUGAGGACUGCAUCUGUCCUUCCUCUUUGUGUAUGUGCGUGUGCCCUUCUGUGUCAAUGUGUGUCUGGGUGCGCUUCCGUGUGGUUUGUUUGUUUGAGUGAAUGCAGGUGCAUGCAGACCUGUGCUUUUAGUCACACCAGCAGAAGAUCAUGCCCCCCCGUGAAAUUUUAAAGAGGCUUUUAAACCCAUUCAGAAUUAAUCCAAAGCCCCCAUAGCGACAUCUAUCUGUGGAACAAAGAAUACUUUAGAGACAUUUUCGAAAAUUCUUUUUUUCUCUUUUUUUUUUAGCUGGGGCUUUUCUUUUUACAUUUGACUUUGCUUUUUAUAUUUCUCCUUACCACCACCUACCAUUGGAAAGGCACUGAGGUAUCAGAAUUAAAUCUGUUUUGUGGAGGGGGGGGGGGGAAGUGAAUGACAUGCAUUUCAACGAGCUGUAAACUGUGUUGUGAGAAAAGGGUAAUUUCAUAUGAGGAAUUAACGAUUGUAGUGUUGGAGACAGAGGUUUAAUGUUCCAUGUGUAGAAUGGCAAAAAAAAAAAAUAAUUGAGCGUUCUACCCCCUAACACAAACAC